AGUCUGCAAACCUGCUUCCGCAAUGGGUGGGUUGUGAGUGCUGGUAAGACCUGCUAGCCAGCCUUCAGCUUCUCUCUUCUCUGUGUGUCUGGCUGGCCAGCCCAUGCCUGUUCUUUUCUCCCUUGUUCUGCUGCCGUUGUCCUGUGGCUGGCUCCUCCUGAUCUUACCACCACUCAGGUAAUGAGGAGCUUUGGGUGCAGCCAGCCUUGGAGAUGCCGAAAAGACGGGACAUCCUGGCGAUCGUCCUCAUCGUGCUGCCGUGGACACUGCUCAUCACCGUCUGGCACCAGAGCACCCUCGCACCCCUGCUCGCCGCGCACAAGGAUGAGGGCAGUGACCCCCGGCACGACACAGCCCCGGGCACAGACCCCAGGGAGUACUGCAUGUCCGACCGCGACAUUGUGGAGGUGGUGCGCACCGAGUAUGUUUACACGCGACCCCCGCCGUGGUCCGACACGCUGCCUACCAUCCAUGUGGUGACACCCACCUACAGCCGCCCGGUGCAGAAGGCUGAGCUGACGCGCAUGGCCAACACCUUGCUGCACGUGCCCAACCUGCACUGGCUAGUGGUGGAAGACGCGCCGCGCCGCACUCUGCUAACAGCGCGCCUGCUGCGGGACACUGGUCUCAACUACACGCACCUGCACGUGGAGACGCCCCGCAACUAUAAACUCCGGGGUGACGCCCGCGACCCGCGCAUCCCGCGGGGCACCAUGCAGCGUAACCUGGCCCUGCGCUGGCUGCGCGAGACUUUCCCGCGCAACUCCAGCCAACCAGGUGUGGUGUACUUCGCGGAUGAUGACAACACCUACAGCCUGGAGCUCUUUGAGGAGAUGCGCAGCACCAGGAGGGUGUCCGUGUGGCCUGUUGCCUUCGUUGGUGGCCUUCGGUAUGAAGCUCCACGGGUGAACGGAGCAGGGAAGGUGGUUGGCUGGAAGACCGUGUUUGACCCCCAUCGACCAUUUGCAAUAGACAUGGCUGGAUUUGCAGUCAACCUGCGGCUCAUUCUUCAGCGGAGCCAGGCCUACUUCAAGCUGCGUGGAGUUAAAGGAGGCUACCAAGAAAGCAGCCUCCUCCGAGAGCUUGUCACCCUCAACGAUCUGGAGCCCAAAGCAGCCAACUGCACUAAGAUCCUGGUCUGGCACACACGGACAGAGAAGCCUGUCUUGGUGAACGAGGGGAAGAAGGGCUUCACUGACCCCUCGGUGGAGAUCUGAGCCUCACACACAGGAGCCUCCUUCUCCCCGUUCUUGGCCUUCCACCUGCUCUCCAUGGCUGGCAGUCCCCCCAUGGCAGACUCCUAAGGAAUCAUUCUCCUCCUCUUUUCUAUUCUGGGGGUUACGGCGCACAGCCUGAUGCCAGGACAGAGAAUUCAAGCACAGAAAUCCCACACCUGCUGUCCUCUCCAGCUACCUGGACCAGCAGCCCCAGAGACAAGGGCCGAGGGUCCAGCAGCCAGCAGGGCUGGCACAAAGCUUGCCAGAAGCUUCCUGCACAGAUACUCCAGAGCGAUGCAGGUUUGGGAGGGUGGUAAAAGGCCCCCAUGGUCUGGGGCCCAGCAUGACCAUCCAGGACUCCCAGCCAGGGAAUUCCGGAGACCAGAGAGCAACCAGUGGGGGCCACCCACAUCCCACUCCCUUCCUCCAAUCCUCAGAGCUGCUCCCCAGUCACACAUACACCUCUGGAUCUCCUUUGGUUCAUGUUUACAGGCAUAGGUUUUCUUGAUCCCAACAGAUGCCCAGCCCUGCAUGGGGGCACCGUGGCCUGCUGGUGAGCUCCUCCUAUACCUCAGGCUGUGGUGAGAAUGUAGUCCCCUCCUUUGUUGUCCUCCCCUCACUCCUUCUCCUCCAGCAGUAGCAGGGAGUUGGGCCCAGAGCCAGCACAGGUCCACUGAUCUGGACUAAGAGCCACAUGACCCCACUGUCCACACACUGCCUCUUCCACUGGCCCUGGGGUUCAGCGCUGUUUGACUGAGCUGGGCCCAGGAGGGGAUACCAUCUUUCUGGAGCUCAUGAGAACCACAUACCCCAGGGCUGAGGAAGUGUUGGUGAAGUAAAAGUCUCUUCUGGCCUGUGGAGGUGGGACUGGCAAUUCUCCACCCCCUUCCUGCACC